GUAUUUUUGAUCAAAUAAAUGCAGCUUUUUUCAGAAACAUUAAAAAAAAAAUCUUUCCAAUCCCAAACUUUUGAACUGAAGUGUGUAUAUAUAUUUAUGUCUAAGAGCUAUCUUUCUCUAUAUAGAAUGUGUGUGUGUGUGUGUGUGUGUGUGUGUGUGUGUGUGUGUGUGUGCAAUAAAAAAUGAAAUCAAAAAGUAUCCUUAUCGUCCAUCUAAUGAGUUUUGGGUCUCCUUUACUCAAGCUGAUAGUAGAGAUUAUAAUCUACGAGCAGAUAAAUAUUAUUGAGCUAGAAACAGAUUGUUAUCAGUGACCCAUUGGACAACACAACACGAUGAAGUCAUGAGCAGCUGAUGCCGGUGCUGCUCACCUAGCAACCAGCCAGAGCACCCUAGUUACCGGCUGAGGUGACACUGAUGUGUUAGUAAAAGUGAGUUGUUCUUCUCCAUCUUCAGACCUCCUCGGUCUGCUCAAACACACUGAUGCACAAUCAAACUGAAGAACGCAUUGAACUGAAUUCAUAAGUAACGCUUUAUUUCACAGCGUCCCUGUUACACGUGAUAUCACUACACUAAAAUCAGCCUUUUAUGCAUAAUUACGAGCAACAUGCACGUGUAGUUAAUUAACACACUGUGACAGGAACACAUUAAAUAAAGUGCCUUUUUUUCUGCACUUCUCGAUUGCAAGAAAGGACUUUGUUUUAAGUCGAAUGAAAUAAAAACAUAAUGAGCACUAUAAAGAAAUUACAGCAGUGACUCACUCGCAACCUUUGCAUCCGCAGCGGUUUGUUUUUACAGUGAAAACAUGGAUUUGAGCAGCAUUCCUGACUCCGGCGGUUACACAUUAAACUGGAUCUGGAAUCAAACACCUCACACAACACACCCAUCAGAUCAUCACACACACACUGACCGUCAGGAUGGACACGGCCAGCGUAGCCUCCAGCGCUCAGGAACGACCCAAAUGGGACAACAAGGUCCAGUAUCUGCUGACAUGCAUCGGAUUCGCCGUGGGACUCGGGAACGUUUGGAGAUUCCCGUAUCUGUGCCAGAUUUACGGAGGAGGUGCAUUCCUGAUCCCGUACCUGAUCGCGCUGGUCUUCGAGGGAUUGCCGCUGCUGUAUCUGGAGCUGGCGAUCGGUCAGAGCCUGAGGAAGGGCAGCAUCGGCGUCUGGCACUCCAUCUCUCCUCUGCUGGGUGGAGUGGGUGUGGCGUCUAUGUUCCUCUCCUUCCUGGUGGGCUUGUUUUAUAACAUGAUUCUGGCCUGGGUUCUGUGGUACUUCUUCCACUCGUUCGAGGAGCCGCUGCCCUGGAGUCGAUGUCCCGUCAAUGACAACAACACGGGUUAUGUGGAGGAGUGUGUGCUCAGCACACCGGUCAACUACUACUGGUACAGACAGACGCUGAACAUCUCUCCAGACAUCGAGCAGAGCGGCUCUCUGCAGUGGUGGCUCGUCCUGUGCCUGGCCUCGGCCUGGAGCAUCGUCUACAUCUGCUUCAUACGGGGCAUCGAGACCAUCGGGAAGGCCGUGUACGUGACCGCCACCUUCCCGUACCUGGUGCUGACCAUCUUCCUAGUGAGGGCCCUCACGUUACCAGGGGCCACCGACGGUCUGCGGUACCUCUUUACACCAGACUGGACGCUGCUGACGCACCCUCAGGUGUGGCUGGACGCGGCCACUCAGAUCUUCUUCUCUCUGUCUCUGGCCUUCGGAGGACUCAUCGCCUUCUCCAGCUACAACCCCAAAAAGAAUAACUGUGAGCGAGACGCUGUGUUGGUCGGAUGCAUUAACAGCGCCACGUCUCUCUACGCUUCCAUUCCCAUAUUCGCCAUCUUGGGCUUCAAGGCCACGAGCAACUUCAACAGCUGCGUCGACGGUAACAUCCUGGAUCUGACCAACGCCUUCGACAUCGCGGACAAAAACAUCACGAGUGAGAACUACCAGAACUGGCUGAGCUAUCUGAACUCGAGGGAUCCGGAUAAAGUCUCCAGUCUGAACCUGAAGCACUGCGACCUGCAGAACUUCCUGGACCAGAGUGCUUCAGGAACGGGUCUGGCGUUCAUCGUGUUCACGGAGGCGGUGACGGAGAUGCCGGGUUCUCAGGUGUGGGCCGUGCUCUUCUUCGUCAUGCUGUUCAGUCUGGGUCUGUCCUCCAUGUUUGGGAAUCUGGAGGGCGUCCUGACGCCGCUGCUCGACCUGCACAUGGUGCCCAAGUGGAUGCCCAAAGAGCUCUUCACAGGUCUGAUCUGCGUGCUGAGCUUCCUGGUGGCGUUGAUCUUCACGCUGGGAUCUGGGAACUACUGGCUGGAGAUCUUCAACAGUUACGUGGGCUCCGUCCCGCUCCUCGUCAUCGCCUUCUUCGAGAUCAUCGGAGUCGUUUGCUUCUAUGGAAUGAAACAGUUCAGCGAUGACAUCGAGAACAUGACGGGACGCAGGCCGAACCUGUACUGGCGCGUGUGCUGGAUGGGCAUCAGUCCCCUCAUGCUGCUGGUGGUUCUGGUGGCGUACGUCGCCGUCCAGGUCCAGAAACACCCCACGUAUCCCACCUGGGACCCCAAAUAUGAAAACUUCCCGGAGUCGGAGGUGAAGCCGUAUUCGGACUGGGUGUUUGCGAUCUGUGUGCUGCUGAGCUCCGUUCCUGUGCUCUCCAUCCCCAUCGUGGCCGCUUACAGACUCAUCCGACGGCAAACGCGCUCGCAGACCGGCAGCGGUUACCCCAACCCCUACAGCAACGAGGCCUUCGCACCCGACGCUCAGACUGAGAGCUUCAAAGCGCUCUAGAAGAGACGCCACUCCCUCGAAACAAACUCUUGAAACUCCAUCCCUGGAUUUUAAGCACGUUUUUACUUUUAAACCAACGUGUGCCCGAGGAAGAACCAGUUUUUAGUACAACUCUGAAAUUUGACUUCACUACAUCUGGAAAUUAUUUAAAUUACAUAUAUAUAUUAGUGACAAAAGUUUGUCCUUAAACUAUGUGGAAAAAAAAACGCAAGAUGCUCGACAAAUUUCCAAGGUGUAAAUAUCAUGUUUACAAAACUCAAAAUAGUGAUUUCAUUUUUAGUGAUUUUUUUUUUUAUUUAAUUGUUUUUUUAAUUUAAAUAUUAAAAAAUAUUACGUGCAAUAUAUAUAUGUACAUAUACAGUGCUGGGCAGAUUAC